GAUGUUUCCUUGAUUUUUUAGCACUUCUACASUUAUUUCAACACAAAUUGGUCAUCAAAAUGACAAUCAUAAUUUUCAAUUUUUUAAAUAAGUCGUUUGUCUGAGAAAAGAAGUGCUUUUAUAAGCAAAAAUGAGCUGUUUUGGCGGAAAGUUGAACGAAUAUCCAUCCAUUUCCGUGGAUUGCUUUACCAAAGAGAACCUGGAAUCCUUGGCUUUCUUUUUAUCACAUUGUCAUAAAGAUCACAUGGAUGGACUUGACUCUACGGCCUUUUCAAAUGUGUUGAAAUCCAGCUCUGAUAAAGUGAUCUACUGUUCUGACACCACACGUAAUCUGCUGCUUUGUAAUCAAACUUAUUCUCAUCUUGAAGAUUACCUGGUAGGAAUUCCAAUUGAUCAUCCAUAUUUGGUGACUCUUUAUGAUACAGAAACAAAUAAAAGAGARGUUAUUACAGUGACUCUACUCUCUGCUGGACACUGUGUAGGGUCUGUGAUGUUCUUAUUUGAAGGGAGCAAUGGAAAUGUUUUAUACACUGGAGACUUUAGACUGGCCAAAGGUGAUGCCCAACGAAUUAGUCUCCUUCAUAAUAAUGGACGUGUAAAAGAUGUAAAAAGUAUUUAUAUUGAUACAACAUUUUGUCUUCCUAAAAUGAUGACAAUACCAAGUAGGAAAGCAACAAGAGAUGCAAUCAUUCAAAUAAUAGACAGGUGGAUAUCUCGAGGCAGUUCCUACAUGGUGAAUCUGCUAUGUAAAGGGAUGUACGGUUAUGAGUAUAUCCUGAAAGAAAUAGCACAGCACUACAAGACAAAGAUUCAUGUAAGCAAAGAAAGAUUGUAUUUAUACCAGUACCUGACAGAUAUGCCUCAGUAUUUCACCACAGAUCCUAGUUCAACAGUUAUACAUUCGUGUUGGUGGCCUAAGUCASCUAAAGAUACUCCGUCUUCCCUUCCAUGUGGGUUUAUUCCUCCMAAUGGACUGGUACCAAACAUUAUCAAGAUCAAACCUUCGACUAUGUGGUUUGCUAGACGUUCAGACCCGAUUCCUGCGGACAACUCAACUUAUUGCAGGGAUAGCAAGACUUGGCGUGUUGUCCACUCUAUGCAUGCUUCUAUGGAGGAGAUAAUCGACUUGGUGUCCUACAUUAAGCCAUAUCACGUGUUUCCUAACGUUGAACCAGCAGGAUUGUACACAGUCGACGAUGCAUGGGAAUGGCUGAAACAGUACACUCGUGUGGACGARUGCGACUCGUGCGGGCGCGAGGAUUCAGGCGAGAGAAACUUCCAGGCCAUGGCCGCCAAAUUCAAAUUCGCUACAGGGAGUGCAAGUGAAAAUACAUCGAGAAUAAGUACUAUCAAACGAAGUUCACCAAGUCAACAAGUGGCGAUGUCUUAUAAAGAACUAGGUCUUGAAGAAGAUGUCUCCCUCGCACCCCUCCCAUCGAAAAGAAGACGUAGAGCUAGAAAAAGCGCAGGGUCUGAUAAAGUAAGGAACUCCAAUGAUGCUGAACGUGUAGAGAAACGAGAAUUUUCCAAUGAAAACACAACACACCCUUACCAAAAUGAUGGACUCAAUAAUACGGGUCUGUUGACAACGCACAACGAGAAAUUGCUUGAUGGUAACCCAGAAAAUCAUUAUUUUUCCAAAGAAGAAACUACAAACACUUUUCAGGAAGGCAUGAUUCAUGAUAUUUCGUUUAGUCGCAAUUCUGAGUUCGAAUCAGCCAGUAAGACUAGCCUGCUUUCUAGCACACAAGGCCGUAACAAAAAUAGUCCUCCUGAUACUCCUGAAAAGCCCAGUCUUUCCAUUGAAAAACGACCAGAUUCUUUUCAAGAAGACGUUUGUCAAGUUCCGUAUGGGAGUGGAACUGAUUUGGUAUUGGAACAAAGCUCAGGUCCUUGUUUUUCUAAGAAUUUGUCAAGCGGUUCAAGUGCUGAUUUGCGUAAAUCGACCAAUGGGGCGUCUCGCGGAAACGUUUGCGAUAAAACCUUUGCAAGACCUUCUGUUGGAAGCAGCAACGAAGCACCCACGACCGCUGUUCAUUCGCGCGCUUUUGAAUGUAACAUUGAUUCCACUUCAUCUCACUUACCUAACAACACUUACCCAUCGCAAAACAUAGCUUACCCAUCGCAAAACAUAGCUUAUAGUAAAUCUAAUUUAAAAACUGCCGGAAAUACUAAAGACCUGCGUACAACCCUUCCACUCUCUCCCGUAUGUAACGCCGCCGGGGACAGGCUUGCUGGUUCUACUGUCAGUAGUUCCAGCAAUGGUAGUGCGGCUGCAGUACGUAGUACAGUGUUAACUCAGACAGCUAACGCUUCUGGUAUCCCAAAUGUCAAUUACAGUGCUAAUGAUACGAAUAGUCCUGCAUAUCGCUCGACUUAUUCUAUUUGCAGUAGCACUUCACAUGAAGUAUUAGCUAAUGCGUGUGUACUUAGCGAUUCUGAUGCCUCGAAUAGCGACAGUAUCGCAUUUGAUAUCCCAGCAUCCCCAGGGGUAUCUGCGCCAACGCGAGAUGAACUUGCUGAGUUGUACAAGCAGCUUGAAAACGGUGAUUUUCAAGCAUGAGCUUUCCCUGUCAGUUCACUCAAAGAACUUUUGUAGCCUUCGCGACUGCCGRACUGAAAGGACUGGAAUCUAUAUUCCAGGCAACGCUAUUACGCUUCUGGAUUUAUCCAAAUAUUUGUACACACGCUACUCGAAAGAAAUCAAAUUAAUCAAUCAAUCCAACGUAAAUUUAGGGCAAUAGAUAGUGAAUCAGGGMUCUGGGCAUCAGACCCGGAAAAUUUUUUAUCAUAAUUCUUAUAUUUAAUUUUUUUGAAGAGAUAUUUGUAUGAAAUUAACUUAUUAGUAAUAAGCAUUUUGCAAUUUUAAAAUCCACAUUUUGAAUACAACUGUACAUUAAAAUUAUUACAUUUUGUAAUUUUAAAUUGCAUAUUUAUAUAGGCAAUAAAAAUCAUAACAGAUUGUUGAUGCCUCAACACGAAAUAUAAUUGAU